AAAGUGAAAUUGAAAAAAUGGAACUGUUGAGGAAUAUUGCAAUAGCAAUGGAAUUGCAACGAGAUGAUUUACCGAAAGAGACUAUUCAGUUGCAUUUAGAUGAUGUAAGAAAUCUUACGGAAAAUGAAAUUCGAAAAAUGGAUUUGCUAAGCAAUAUCGCAGCCGCCAUGCAGUUACAGCAGGAAGAAUUACCAAAAGAAACUAUUCAGUUGCACUUAAGUGAUAUUGAAAAUCUAAUGGAAAAAGAAAUUCGAAAAAAGGAAUUGUUGAAAAAUAUUGCAAUAGUAAUUGCUGUUCAAAAUUUUCCUCACAUUAUGCGAUAA